AGGGGAAAAUGGAUUAAGAACUAGGCAUCAUCUUUUUCUUGAGGAUCAAAUGAAGGUGGCCAUUCCAGGAAUUACACUUGUUGCGGAACCCCACAUAAAAUCAAUGGUUCACGUGUGGAAGAGGCAAUAUAGUUUCUUGUCGGGACUUAUAUCAAAGAGUGGAAAUAGCUGGAACCCUAUUCAAAAAAAGGUUGAAUGCACAAAAGAAUCUUGGGAUGAAAUGUACAAGGGCUAUACACCAAUGAGGAACAAGAUGGAUGACCCUUGGCCAUUUUAUGAAGAUUGGAUUGAAAUAUUUGGCAAAGAUAGGGCCACAGGUGAUAAUUCCAUCAACUUUGGUGAAGCUGCAAAUGGCGUUUUGAACAAUGUGAAUGAAGCUUUGAGCAAGGACACUGUGAAUGAAGCUCUAAACAUCAAUGCAGAGAUUAGUGAGUUUAAUGAGACAGAUCUCGAUAAGGUAAAUGAAGACUUUCUACCAACAGGAGAUGAUUGUGAUACUGCAAGUGGAAGUGGCUCAAACCUUGUAAGAAAGAAGCGUAAAGCCGUGAGUUCAAUAUGUGAAGAUGCUUUUGUGGAAGUAGUCUCAAACUUUGUAAAAAAAACAGAUGAGACUCUUGUUCAAAUGGUUCAAAGUUUGGCCCCUAAGGGCAUGUUUGAUAUUGGCUAA